AUGCCAACAACAACAGCAGCAGCAACAACAACUACAACAACAGCGGCAGCAAUUACACCAUCAAAUCCAUUAAAUUCAAGUGGAGGAAAUGUAUUUAUAAACACAAAUGGUUUGACAAUGUCGCCAAUUGUAAAUGCAUUAAUUCAACCACCUCAACCGUCUCAAUCACCACCAUUAUCAAUACCAUCACCAACUCAAUCAAUGUUGGUACCAACAUCAUUUUUAACAAACCCUCAAACAAAUGAACCUUCAUCACAAUCACAACAGCCACAACAACAGCUACAACAACAACAACAACAACAACAACAACAACAACAACAACAACAACAACAACAACAACAGCAACAACCACCACAACCACCACAACCACCACAACAACAACAAUCAUCAUCGUUCUUUGAAGGUACCCAACCAAAUGAACAUGUAAAUACUUCACCAAGUCAUCAAGUAUCUCAUCAUCAAUUUACAUCACCACAUCAUCAACAUUCAAGCUUUUUAAAUGGAGCACUCUUUUUAAAUUCACCAAGUAGUAAUGGUAUCAAUGGAAGUCUUUCAUCACAACUAACAUUGGGUGACCCUAAUGCUGAACUCGAUAAAUUUUUAUCUUUAGAUAAUGAUCAUUUAAGUUUAGAUCAUUUUCCUGCUCAACUGAGUCCAACUUUAGAUUCUUCACUUCGUCAACAUCACUAUAAAAAAUCUUCAACAUAA